AUGAAGAACAUCGACGAAUACCUCUGCACCCUCGAGAGCCUCGGAGUCAUCCCAGAACGCUAGGUCAAAUCCAUCUGCGAAAAGGUACUGCCCACCCUAAAGGCCAAGUAGAUCCUGAGCUAGGAGCCGAACCUGGUGCAUGUGCGUGCUCCGGUGACUGUGUGCGGGGACACCCACGGCCAAUUCUUCGACCUGCUGUAGAUCUUCGAGAUCUGCGGGAAGCUGCCGCACACGAACUACCUGUUCAUGGGGGACUACGUGGACCGCGGCUUCAACAGCGUGGAGACCUUCCUCUACAUCCUGCUGCUCAAGAUCAAGUACCGCAGCCGCAUCACCAUCCUGCGCGGAAACCACGAGAACCGCGAGAUCAACAAGCUCUACGGCUUCUACGACGAGUGCCUCAAGAAGUACGGCACCGACCUCAUCUGGAAGAUGUUCGCAGAUAUCUUCCAGUGCCUCCCUGUCGCAGCAGAAAUUUAAAACCAGGUCUUUUGCCUACACGGAGGACUCUCGCCCGAAAUCGAGACCCUCGAUCAACUCAGGAAUAUCAAUCGGUUCCAAGAUGUGCCACAUAACGGCGCCCUCUGCGACCUAUUGUGGUCCGACCCUGCGGACGAAGGCAAGACAGGCUUCAGUUCCUCUCCUCGUGGGGCCGGGUACUGUUGGGGCGAGGACAUUUCGGACAAGUUCCUGCGGAAGAACAACCUGAAGACCAUCUGCCGAGCCCACCAGUUGGUGAUGGAGGGGUACAGCUACGCCCACAAGAACAAGUGCGUCACCGUCUUCUCCGCCCCCAACUACUGCUACCGCUGCGGAAACCAGGCAGCUGCUCUCGAGUUUGGAGACACGCUCGAAAUCAACUACCAGAAGUACGACCCCUCGCCCAAGGAAAAGGAAACCGAACCCACCCGAAGGGUCCCAGAGUACUUCCUAUGA